AGAAAGCAAAAUCACCCAGUUUUGCACUGAAAUAAUUGCCAAAGCGCGUUUGAUUGACUUCGCUUGGAUUCUGUGCCGACAACCCUACCAUCGUUCCUUGUUUGAUGUAUCCGACGACGCACAGGUCAUACCAGCUUGGACAGGCUUUAACAUUGAGAUGCAUGAAAGUCUACGAGAGAGCUUCGUAGGGUACUGCCCUGUUCUCGAAGCCUCCCCAACAGAGUUGCCAACAGUUUUCACGAUACUGCAAAAGUCAAUCCGAAUGGCUGUUGAGCUAGGGCAGCAGGGUGUCAUUGUCGUGUUUGACAAGCUAUUUAUGCCAAGGCUCUUGAAAUAAUAUUACAAGCUCCAUUACAGUUUCAACGUGUUGUUAUCAGAAUGGGAGCAUACCAUACAGCAUGUUCAUUUCUUUCUGCUAUUGGCAAGAGGUUUGCCGGCACAGGACUGCAAGAUAUCCUUAUAGAAAGCGGAAUCGUUGCGACUGGUUCAGUUCCAGGUGUCCUGCAGGGCCGGCACUACAAUCGUGCAGUUCAAACUCACAAGCCCUUCCUGACACCCAUCCCGAGGCACACGUCAUGCUGUCACAGGGAGACUUUGGAGUACAACGUAAUGCUACACACGGGUUUACACAAGUUUCUGUUGACCAGACCAUCGAACAGACCCUUAACCGCAAUACAAAAACAAAGGGUGGGAUUGUGGGGUUUAUCCUGAAGAAGGGAGCUGUGCAAAGAUGGGUACUAAUGGCGCACAUGAGAGCCCAAUUCGUCGAUCGAUGCAGGGAGAUGGCCGGAUGCCAUGAAAAAAGCAGGAAUCACAAAGAACAUGGGGCUAAACGAAUGAUGAAAUACGAAGAGGACGUGCGGAAUACCAUGGAAGUCAUCCGUCAUUGGAGGAAUCCGUUUGAGCCAUCGGAUGAGCUUGUGAGCCUCAGCACAGGAUCCGUAGCCAGCACAGAGCUUACAAAAGACCUCCUCGAGGCAAAGAAAAAAAGGCGAGAAGCUUUGGCUCUAUUCAAUGCAAAUAGACUGUCAAAAAGUGACACAGGAUAGUCCGGAACACUCCCCAAAAUGAAAUUGGGAAGAUUUGGUGAAGCCAAAAGAAAGAUUUCAGUAGGAGGCAAGAGCUUCGCGAUACAAACGGACAGAAAUCUUUUUGCCAGAUAACUUGUUAUUGGUCAGAGUCGCCAAAUUGACCUGAGAAAACUCCUCACUCAUGAGCUCGGGCCAGUGCCCUGGUCCUUAGCGUCAUUUGAUGGAUCCCUCGCUAAGACUUAUAAGUCUGCCCCAGCAUCUUUACUGAAGAAAAAAGUAGAAGUAACGCAUCGCCCCCCGGAAGCAUCAGGUUUCAUUAUAGAUGACAUGGCAAUGAUAAGAAGUCUGGCGCCGGAUCGUUUUGCUGAUCUUGCAGAGCUUGUCUUAGCUACGAUAUUGAAACAGCCGGGAGAGGCAACUAGAAUCGACUUUGUUGCUGACCAGUACCCGGAAUUGUCAAUCAAGAAUGCUGAGCAAGAGCGACGUGGCAAGGUUGGAUUCGUGGUCCAGAUAGAUAGCCCACAAGGAAAACCGGCUAGAGUUCCUCACAAAUGAAUGGGCCACGAACCAGAGAUAUGUGAGCAAAUUAAAAGGGCACUCUUUGUACGUUGCCUACCGAGAGACAUGCAGAAAGACUUUUGUCGUUCAAGGAGAAAUAUCUUUUUGUGAGGUCCGGGAAUUAUCCAGCAACCAGGAGGAGGCAGAUACACGAAUGUAUCAUCACAUGAAUGCAGAAUUGGCGAUCACGUGCCAAUGCAAAAA